UAACUGUGCCGGCCCAACUAAGAUAGAGCUCGAAUCUAGCAAAUUCACAAAUUUUGUCUGUGCACCUGCAGCCCUGCACUAGUGCUCAACCAUGGCUGCCUCCAAGAUGGUAAUGGCUUCUCUAAUCCACCGCCGUCCGCUUACAUGCGCCGCUGCGGUUACUGCUUCUUAUCCUUCGCGCCUGGUUCCUCACCCGCCAGACCUCAUUAAAUGGGUCAGGCGUGAAGGUGGUUUCGUGCACGAGGCGGUGAAGAUAUCGCAAGAGGGGAACAACGGUUUCGGUUUAAUUGCCUCUCAAGCAAUUCCAAAGGGGUCUGAGCUUAUUGUUCUGCCUGAUCACAUACCCUUGAAAUUUGGACCUCUUGAAUACGAGAAUGCAGAUGGGGCUACUUCUGUGUUGAUUAAUUUGGCUCAAAAAGUUCCUGAGGAACUAUGGGCAAUGAAAUUGGGUCUGAAGCUUCUGCAAGAAAGAGCAAAGGUUGGAUCCUUUUGGUGGCCAUACAUCAGCAAUCUCCCUGAGACAUACAGUGUACCGAUAUUUUUCCCUGGAGAGGAUAUAAAGAACUUGCAGUAUGCACCCCUUCUUCACCAGGUAAAUAAAAGAUGUAGGUUUCUUCUUGAUUUUGAGCAAGAAGUCAAACGCAGUAUUGAAAAUUUGAAACCAAUUGAUGACCCUUAUGGGGGCCAAGAAGUAGAUGCAUCCUCACUUGGAUGGGCAAUGUCAGCAGUCUCAUCUCGAGCAUUCCGUCUGUAUGGGAAAAAGCUCCCUGACGGAACUCAUAAUGAUGUCCCCAUGAUGCUUCCUAUCAUUGAUAUGUGCAAUCAUAGCUUCAAUCCAAACGCACAAAUUUUGCAAGAACAAGAUCCAAGUAACGAAAAAAUGCUUAUAAAGGUUGUGGCAGAGACAUCAGUUAAACAAGAAGAUCUUAUACUACUUAAUUAUGGAUGUUUAAACAAUGAUCUUUUCCUAUUGGAUUAUGGAUUUGUGAUACCUUCAAACCCUUAUGACUGCAUUGAGCUCAGAUAUGAUGGAGCUCUUCUUGAUGCUGCAAGUAUUGCUGCUGGGGUAUCUUCACCUAACUUCUCUUCCCCAACUCCAUGGCAACAACAAAUUCUAUGCCAGCUAAAUUUGGAUGGAGAAGCUCCUGUUCUUAAGGUAACCUUGGGAGGUCAGGAACUAAUAGAGGGACGCCUGUUGGCUGCCCUCAGAGUACUGCUUGCAAGUGACAUGGAAACAGUUGAAAAACAUGAUUUGGACACUCUCAAAUCUUUAUCAGCUAAUGCUCCUCUUGGAAUUGCAAAUGAAGUGGCUGCUUUUCGUACUGUUAUUGCUCUAUGUGUGAUUGCACUGGGACACUUCCCCACGAGAAUGAUGGAAGACGAAUCCUUGUUGAAACAGGGUGUUUCAGCCACAACUGAAUUGGCCAUCCAAUUCAGAAUCCAGAAGAAAUCCAUAAUUAUAGACGUCAUGAGAGAUCUCACUAAUAGGGUGAAGUCAUUGCGAGCAAAGGACAUGACCACUACUCAAACCUAAUUUUGUGAUAGAAGUGGAGUCUUUUUUAUUAUGAUUGACUAUAAUUGCUGAAUCUUGUUGAUCUUACAGUUACAAUCUCACUAUUUACUAUGCGUCCCUCCAUAAUUUAUCUACUUCCUAGAAAAUUUUGACA